CUCUUCCAGGGACGCAAUUAGAAAUGCCACUAGUAGUUGGCCCAGCUACAGCUUCUUCGAUUCUGGCACUGUGUGCUAUAACAAUAUUAGGGGGUGGCAUAUCGAGAAUGUUUGCCCAAAAAGAGAAAAGUGUAAAUGUUAUAACAAUUGGUGAAAGUAAUGAAGAAUUACCGUCUGUGAAGAUAGAGCCUAUGCCUAUUCAUGAAACUUCCACACAGCAAUAUACAUAUAUAUAA